AUAUUUUGAAUAAAAAGAAAACAAACUGAUAAAGUAUUAUUAUAAAUGAAAAUAUAAAAUGAAAAUGAAACAUUUAAUAUUUAAUAUGAAUUAAAGGAGUACCUUAUUAAUAAGAAUUCAAACUUCCCGCCUUAAAAGGAAAAUUUCCGCUAAAAGCAUUCCAUUCCGAAAACAUCCGUUCUUAGAGUAAUUGAGAAGAGGGAAAAAAGCCCUAAUCAUACAAUUUCACCGGGAAAUUGAACAAUUUUCUUCAACGAAACCGGAUGGUGAAAACUUGGCAACUAUUUUUUGACGCCGGAGAUGAACCCCGGUGGGAAAUCUCUCCUCUUCCGGCACCUUCUCAACACCAUAAUCAACUCCACUCCUCUCCUCCUCCUCCUAAUCUCCCUUCGUUCCACGAUGUUUUACUUCAAGGAUGUUCGAAGAUUCUUGGAUGUUGCGAGAAGCGUAAUGUUGAAGGGUUUGAUACUCCCAUGUUUCGAACUGGAUCAGGGAGCUCUGUUGUUUUGAAGAAAUCAUCUAUUGCUAAAGCGUCUUCUGUUCUUGGUGAUGAUUUUUUCGCCGAUUUUGAUACUGGAAAAUCAAGCUGUAAAGGAAAUGAUUUUAGUUCUCCAAAUUCCAUGUUUCAAACGGGUUCAGGGAAGAGAGUAAAUGUAUCAUCAGCUGGACUUCUUAGAGCUAAAACUUUGCUGGGUGUACAUGAAAUUAACGAUGAUUGCACCUUCCAAAGCAUUCAGCCUCCAAAGAAGAAAUUAUGUCGAGUGCCGACAGUCUCUCAUGAAAAAGGGACUGAGAAUAAUACAUUCUGCUCAAAGUUGCCUUUUCAUCUGAAGAAUAAUUCAUCAGAAAUUGAUUUUGUUGAUAAAGAUAUUGGUAAACUUAUACGACCAGAGUUUUCUGAUUCCACUAUGAAACCAUCUGCAAUUAAGUUCCAAACUGCUGGUGGCAGGUUAAUAUCAGUUUCUAAAGAUGCUUUACAGCGUGCCAGAAACCUUCUUGGUGAUCCAGAGAUGGACAGUCUUCAAAAUGACGGUGGUGAUGGUGCUUCCAUGUUUUCAUUUAUCAGUCACAAUAAUACUGAUGGGGGUGCUUUUAACAAGGAGAACAACACUGGUUCUUCCCAUCAAUGUAAACAAAACCCAAAGAUCUUUGUAUCACCAAUGAAAUUGUCUUCUCACAAAAAACCAGAAGGAAAAUCCGAGACCUUGAUCUCAGGAACCAACUUAAGGAAAUUUGAUGCUGAGGCAAGCAUUAGCCACUCAAAUGACAAACCAUCUUUAUCCUAUCUGAACCCUUUCCAAGAAAAGCUCGAUGUUUUUGAUGCCACAGCUCAAAACUCUAUGGUGAACAGUCCUGGUCCUAGUUCACAUUUUCAUAAAUCUUCAAAACCAUCUGGCCUGCCUUUAACUGAUAUUACAAACACUACAGCAAUUGCCUCUGGCAGUAAGAAAGGAACAACCAAUGAUAUAAAGAGACACGGGAGAAGAAGUUAUGUUUCACCUUUUAAAACACCAAGGAGUUCCAAGUUCAUCACAUCAUUGAACUGUAACCAGUUCUUAGUUCCUGAUGGAUUGUCUGGUAGGGAAAGUGAGGCUCCAUGUCCCCGGAAGAAGUUGUCUACCCAUUAUCCAUUUCGGCAUUCAAGGUUAUAUAUCAAAGAUUUCUUUAAAGUGCCACCGCCCUACACAAAGGAGUUGGAGCAUCUUUCUGCAGAAGUGCGUCAAUUGAAUCCUCAAAAUUCAGAGAGAUACUCAUUUUGUGAUGGAUCUCAGUCAAUUGGUGUUGAAAAUUUCUACCAUAUGUUGGUUCAGUCUGGAGCUUCAUUGCAAUAUGCAUCAAAAGAGUGGGUUGCAAAUCACUACAAGUGGAUUGUGUGGAAACUUGCAAGCUAUGAGAGAUGUUAUUCACCUAAAUUUUUGAAGAAAUUUCUUACGGUUUUGAAUGUGUUUGAGGAGUUAAAAUAUAGAUAUGAACGUGAAGUUAAUCAUGGUCAUCGUUCUGCAAUUAAGAAAAUUCUAGAAGGAGAUGCAUUGCCUUCUUCUACACUGGUGCUAUGCGUUUCAAAGAUAGAAAAUCCAAAUCCAAGUUUGGAAGGAAAGAGUAGCAUUUCCACUAUAGAGCUUACUGAUGGGUGGUACUCAAUACGUGCACAGUUGGAUCACUUGCUGUCAAAGCAGCUUGCAGGUGGAAAAUUAUUCGUGGGACAAAAACUACAGAUAUGUAGAGCAGGGUUAAAUGGCUGGGAUGGACCUGUUUCACCUCUCAAGGCAUUGCCUACUGUUAGUUUAGUGAUGCAUAUGAAUGGAACAUACAGAGUUAGCUGGGAUGAACGUUUGGGAUUCUGUAAGUGUCCAUGUAGAAGUGCAUGUGCACCUUUGGCAUUUAGGUGUAUCAAGGAUGGUGGAGGUAUAGUCCCUUGUACUAUUGUCGGAAUCACAAGGAUUUAUCCUGUUCUUUAUAAAGAAAGGUUGAGGAAUGGAGCAUCUAUUGUAAGGUCUGAAAAGUUGGAGGCUUCUUUUGCUCAGCUACAUAAUCAAAGGCGCUCUAACAUCAUAGAAGGUAUUACAUCAGACUUUCAGAAAGAUUCAAUCGGUUCUUCCAUUGAGGAUGACUAUGAUAGUGAAGGGGCAAAGAUUCUAAAGAUGCUGGAAAGUGCUGCCGAACCAGAACUGUUGAUGGCUGAGAUGAGUCCCGAGCAACUAGCACUAUUCUCUAAAUACCAAGCUAAAGUUGAGGAAAAAAGGAAGGCCGACUUGCAAAGAUUGAUUGUGAAAGCCCUUGAAGAUGCAAGCUUAAACGCAAGAGAUGUAACCCAAUUUAUGCGAGUGAGGGUCGUUGGACUAAAAAAUAAAGGACAGCGCGAAGGGGAAGUCCUAAGGAAGGGUUUAAUUACAAUUUGGAAUCCUACCGAACAACAGAAGCUUGAACUGGUAGAGGGGGAGGCUUAUGCUAUUUCAGGCCUUACGCCGUUGCAUGCUGAUUUAGAUACACUUUAUCUACAUGAUAGAGGACGGAACAAUAAAUGGAAGAAAUUAACUUUGAAAGAGAGGGAACUAUUUGGGCCCUUCUUCGAUCCUCCCAAGCCGGUAUUGUUAUCUAGAAUAGAGGAAGUCUCCAGUGAAUUUGAUACUGCUGUGUUGGUCUUACACGUUGGACCAGAGCUCUUAUUUGGUCAGCACAAGAAGCAAUGGGUGUUUGUUACCGAUGGAUCUGUCUGUGAGUUACAAACAGAAGAAUCGGAAGUCUCGUUGCUGGCCAUUACCUUUUCUACUACUUGCACAGGCGAUGAUUCAAUUUCUCCAUUUAAUUUUAACCUCGUUGGGAACAUAGUUGGCUUUCGUGAUCUCACAAAGAGAGACAAGGAUCACGGGAAUUGUAUGUGGGUAGCAGAAGCUACAGAAAAUUCAACAUAUUACCUAAACUAUGAUCAUCCUUCUUGCUCACAUCUUAAAGAUUCAUUUGAACGGGUCAAGAGAUGGAAGCAGAGUGCUAGCGUGACAAUUGAAAAGCUCCGGACGAAGGUUUUCCAUAUACUUGAUGGUCCUGCUCCUAAGGCUAGAACGUUGAGGCUGUUGUCUGAUUAAUUGAUUGCCUUCUCUCAGCUUUUGUUGGCGCGUAUACCUAAUGAAUAAGGAAGCGUUUGCAUGAAUGACAUGUGGAAAUGUUGAAUAUAGUGUAUGAGCUCUGUAAAUUCAGUUAGCUUCUCCGUGUAUCAAGUCACCACCCAAGUUCAGAGUUCAGACUAAUUGGAUGAAGCGCUCGUCAAAAAAAGAACCAGAUGAAGCAUGUAUCUAAGGGUUGUAUUUGGCCUUGUCUGGAAUCUCAUGAUACGCAUAACACACAAUUGAACCUCUAUGUUGCAGGGUGGACCUUUUUUGUUCAUGGACUUGUGUCGAUUCUUGUGCAAUAGUAUAAUCAAUUAAUCAAAGGCUAACUCAAGUGUUCAGCUGACGAAGGGUGCUUUGGAUGCAGAUGCCAUUGCGUAGGAGUUACUUGAUAUAGCCUUAAACCGCAUUCAUCUCUGUAUGUUUCUGCUAUUUGAUUCGACUACGUAGUGUGAACCGGUAUAGUUUUUGUAGGAUCAUACCAGUAUUGUACAGGAGAGGAAACAUGAUAUUUAAUGAAUAGUAUGCGUCAGAGUAUUGAUUCAGCAUCAUCUGUAAUUUUCCCAGCCCAAUUCUGUCCCAAAGGAAUAGCAAAAUCAUUGUCUAAAAAGAGCAUCCGUUUUACACAAACUGAAGUUGGUUUACUCAAAGGUGAUUGGAACUUGGAAGCAUUUUAAGGAAGGCAAGGAAGGAGAGGGGAGGUUGACAAGGGGUUGGUUUGAGCUUAAUUUUAUAUCUAGGGUUGCUGUAGGCUUUUGUUUAUUUUGAGCUUAAUUUUAUAUCUAAGGACUAGGGUAUGAGGUUGACAUUGAUAUAUCUAAGGUUUUUGUUGACCUUUGUGAAUUUUGAGCUUAAUAUUAUCUUUAAGGUUGUUGAAGACCCUCUUACUUCAUCUAUUGUAAAAGGCACGCUUGGGAGAAUAAUUGAAAUUAACUGCUAAUUUUAUUGCGUUUUGUAUCCCAUUAUUAGUAUGAGCUUAGCUUAUGUUUGCCUUUUAGCAUUUUAUUAUUUGAUAGGUGAGUUUGUACAUAUUAUUAUUGAAAAAGGAAUAUUUUAGAAAAGAAAAAAGCCUAGCUAAUUUGAAAUAGUUAAUGAGUGCCAAGAAAAAAAAAUAAGAGAUGAGAAGAGGGAAUUUUCAAUUUUUGCAUCUCAUAUUGCUAGGUGUUAGUGACAUAAAAAAUGUGAGUCAUAAGGUAGGGAAUUAGGUAGACCAUCAUUAGAGGGAUAAUAAAAUUUUCAUAAAUUCGUGAGAUUUUUAAUUUUUAAAUCUUUGGUGGUCAUUAAUUGUAGAUUACAUUUAUUUCUUUUGUCAGUAAGUUUUUUUUUUUUUUUUUUUUUUUUUUUUUUUUUUUUUUUUUUUUUGCUUUAAUUCUUCACUUGUGUCUUUUAAAUUGAUAGAUUUUAAGCUUAUAUUUAUGUGCAAUGAUAUACUUAUGUCCAUGUUUUAUAUCAUAUCUAGACUUAUAGUGUUUAUUAAUACGUCCAAACUCAAGAGUAGAAUUUAUAUCUACGUAGAAGG